UAAUCAGUUUACUGGACACAUGAGUGCAAUCUCAUCCCAUUCCUUGCGGGCUCUAAGCUUAUGUGGGAAUAAGUUACAAGGAAAUGUUCCAGAAUCAAUGUUUAACCUUGUGAAUCUCAAUGUCUUGUGUUUGUCAGGCAAUUGGAGUGGUCCUCUCGACUUUUCAGUUUUUUCCAAGUUUCGAAACCUUGGAUCUCUUUCUCUUUCAGGUUGAUUUAACUAAUUUUUCCAAAAUCUCAUGCGAAUUUCCAGUGUUGCAGACUCUCGAAUUAUCAGAAAAUAAACUUGAAGGAAAAGUUUCUCAAUGGAUACAUGAUAUGCAUUCAUUAGAGAAUUUGAAACUUUCACAUAACCAACUGUCAUCAGUAGGCCAAUUCCCAUGGUAUCAACUUGUAUACCUUGAUCUUAGCUUCAACUUGUUGAGUGAUGACAGUAUUUCCUUCAUUUGUAAUGCAACUUCUCUUGAGAUUCUCAACUUGUCGCACAAUAAGUUCAGAGGCACCAUUCCACGAUGCCUUGCCAAUUCAUCAGACCUUAAGGUUUUGGAUUUGCAGAUGAAUAAACUUCAUGGCACCCUGCCAAGGACAUUUCCAAGGAAUCUCAUUUCAUUGAAUCUCAAUGGAAACCAAUUGGAAGGUCAUUUGCCUAGAUCUUUGUCCAACUGCAAAAAUUUGAUGGAUUUGAAUCUUGGCAACAAUCAAAUAGAGGAUACAUUUCCAACUUGGCUUCAAAGGUUACAGAAUUUGAAGAUUUUAGUUUUACAAUCCAAUAAGUUGUAUGGACCCCUUGUCAGCUUGAAAACCAAAGAUGCCUUUUCUCACCUACUUGUUUUUGAUAUCUCAUCCAAUAACUUUAGUGGCCAAUUACCAAAAGCCUACAUAAAAAGUUUCCAAGCCAUGAAGGGUGUUUUUGGAGCAGAAGUGCAAAGCAGUUUUGCUUAUUUCAAAACUUUUAGUUAUAACAGCAUUUCUACCAUAAACAUUCGAAAAGACUACGAGGAUUCCUUGUAUGAAACAAUUAAAGGGGUUAGAUUAGAUUUUGAGAAAAUUCCAACCAUUCUUGCCAUCAUUGAUGUCUCUGGAAACAAAUUUGAAGGAGAGAUUCCAGAUGUUAUUGGAGAGCUUCAUAUACUCAAAGGCCUCAACCUUUCACAUAACAGACUUGUUGGUCAUAUUCCCCACUCUUUGGGAAAUUUGACGAAUCUGGAAUCAUUGGAUCUCUCCUCAAAUAUGCUUACCGGGAAUAUUCCUACUGAAUUGACAAAUCUGAACUUUCUUGAAGUCUUGAAUCUUUCCCAAAAUCAAUUGGUGGGACCAAUACCCAGAGGAAAACAGUUUGAUUCAUUUUCAAACGAUUCCUAUGAGAGAAACAUGGGGCUAUGUGGAUGGCCAUUGUCAGUUGAAUGCAACAACAAUGUCCCUUUGCCACAAGAUCCACCUUCUGAGGCUGAAGACAAAUUUGGGUUUGGUUGGAAACCAGUGGCAAUAGGAUAUGCAUUUGGAAUGGUGCUUGGAAUUGGCUUGGGGUUUUGUGUUUUCUCAAUUGGAAAGCCUCAAUGGCUUGUGAUCAUGUUUGGAGGCAAAAGAAUCAAAAGAAGGAGGCGUGGAAAUCGGCGUGCAAGAACAACUUAAUGGCCACAACUUCUUGUUCUUGGGGCCACUCUCAAGUUCAUUGUUGCAUGGGAAAUAUGUUUCAGAUGUUGGUUAUUGCUCGUGUCUUUUUAUAUUUUUUCUUGUUUUGGGAUUGUAAUUUUCUUUUUUUUUUUUAAUGUCUGCAAGUCUUGUUUUAUAAUUUGUAAGUGUGUUGCUACAUACAUAUGAUGAUGUUGCAAGUAAAUUAUGCUUUUAUAGUAGUA